GAAUUUGGGGUGUUUGUGAGUUAUAAGACAAACAUUUACAGAAAUAUACAUUCAAAAUGUGCUACUACUAUGAUGUAAAAUGUGUAAUAGAGUUAAUAUGCUUGUGAUUAAAGCAUGAGAAUUACAGUGGAAGCAUUAAAUGCAAAUGUAACUUCAAUAAUUGCAUUUGGCCGGUCAUUAAAGAUUAACCUAAUCACUGUCAAAGAAGACCGUUUACUAUUAGCGCCGCCCAUUGAUGAUAUUAGCCAAUAGAAGCGUGCGGCGAACCUUCGCCCUAUCCCUCCUCAUUGGUGUUCGCUGUGGUCGUGGAGGAAGUUCCUGCCGGCGGCCAGUGGAGCAGGUUUCCACGGAUUCAAUGCCUUAUUUUAGUUCAGAAUUGUAAUAAAAAGCAAAUCCGCGCUGUCGUGAACGCGGGUAAAAUGUCCGGUUUGGAGUCUGUGCCUGAGGAGGAGAUGGAGUUUCAGAAGGCUGUGGCUCAGAUCGGAGGAAAGGAGAGGAUUUACCUAGUCAGUGAUGUCUGUGGAAGUAAGGAGGUGGACGGAGAUGACGUCGGGAUAUUUCAGGAGUUCAUACGUGACAUGUUUCACAACAGCAGCCCUGCGGUCAGCGAAGGACAGCUCCCAUGCUGUGCGCCACGCGAUCGUCGGGGCGACACUGAAGGCAAGGCAGAGACCGGAAAAAGCAACGAGAUACCUUUAACAGAGAAGAGCAAGGACUUGGAGAAGGACGGGGAGAAAGAGAAGCGACCGGGGAGCAACCCUCAGAGAACCGCAACCAGGAGGUUUAAUAUUUACAGCUCCAAGCGGGCUAUAGACUCCCCGGUCAUCGUCUUCAUCUUCAGACAGACCUUCAUCGGGAGAACUUCAAACGAGCUGUGUCUGCUGGAGAUCCUGAAGGACGUAAAGGCGCGCGCGAAGCGUGGCCCGGUCACCCGGCCCGCUCUGAUUGGAUUGAUACACACCAAGCAGGAGAGCGCAGAGACGCAGCGCUGUGCGCAAGUCCUGGAGCUUUUGAUGCGCUCCGUGUUCCGCAAACACUCACCAGACACGAUUUGGGUCGGCUGUUUUAUCCCGAAGACGGAAGACAGAAUCCUGAGCGUCAAGAAAAACACGUGCAAAGCUGUUUACGCUGCAUCCCAAACAGCAGAUAUUGCCGGGGAAAGAGGGAGCCAGCCUUUGUGGCCAGUCCAGUGUUGUUUCAGGCCUCAGACGGGAGGAGUCACAAGGCAGAACAACAACAAAUCUUCUAACUGCAGACCAAAAGGCGAAGAUGGAAGCCCAGAGGAAGGACUCCCUCUGAAAACGGGCGUCUUCUCUGCUGAACCUCAUGUGAAAGCUGCAGUGGACCACUGAUGUUAGGACACGUGUCCAGCUGUAGACCUAUCAUCCUCAGACAUCCUCACUGUGGAAGUUUAGCAAAAAACAAACAUUAUGUUGUGUAACAGCCUGGUUAUUACAUGGUGCUGAAACUUUCACCACUCAGCCAACCAGAUUUCUACCCUGAAAGAUGCUGCCUGACACCUUGUUCUUAAUAAAUAACCUCAAGAUGAUUUACUGUAUCUGUAUAGUUUUACUGUAACACCACAUUAACAGGGUAUUUGAUGAGAUCAGCUGAGGUGCGAUACAUAAAUAAGCACAUGUUGAAAGCAGCAACAGAAUAGCUGGUUGUUGGUACAGUGAAGUCAGCUCUUCCUUUAACAGCCUUUAACCAAAGUGAGGUUUUUUCUUGAUGUCUUUUGUUUAUUACUUUAUACUUUAAUUUAAACACUGAAAUAAUGUACAGCUCUAUAUUAUUCCAUUUUUUAGCUUAAUUUGUUGCACUGUCUGAGGUGACACUGACCCAGAAGAGCUCCAUCUGUUGCACAGAAAAUAAAUGACCCAGACCUUUAAAAGAGCUCAUUUUCUGUAAUGCUGUGAAGCAAUGUGAUUUUGUUUAUGUUUUUGCUUUUAUUCUAGUAGAACUUUGUGCCUUAGACAAAGUACUGUUUUAAAUAUUGUUCAUCACAGGAACAAAAUGCAGCUGUUUAAAGUUUAAGUAUUUAUUUAGAAUGUCAGUUUAAUUGUCUGUAUGAAUAAACACACUAACAUGGA